CUGCUAGCUGUCGUUAGCUCGUUCUUCUUUGUAAAUAGUCACAUCUGUGGGUUUGUUACGGACGUGAAGAGAAAUGUGGUCCGAGUUCCGCCCUUCUGAGCCACAAACUGGCGGGUUUUCCUUCCAGAAAGGAGCUGAAGUUUCCGUUUCUCCAGCGAAAGACACACAACUGGCAGAAGACGCAGCAGCCGAAACCCACAGCAGCUGUUUUCGGCUGACGUUCAACAGUCUGACUCUGGAUGAGCUGAGCGAGGAGCUCGACAGACGCACUAAAGAAACCCAAAGACUCCAAGAAGAGGUGGAAAAUGCAACCAGGAUGGCCUUGGAGAGGUUUGGCUGCACAAAUGGCAUCAUCGCCUCAUCUGGACUCAACUGCCUAAAUCAAAAGUUUAAUAUCUCAGAUAAUUCAACUGGAGAUUCCCGUCUUGUGUCAACCCACCAGCAAGCAGCAACUCUGGAUGGUCUGCAAGGUCUAAACCAGAAGGUGACCCGAAAGGACAUCAGCUCUGAUGGAAAGGAAGUGUUAGAAAGAGCAGUAGAUGACUGUCUACAUCAGCUGUCUGGCUUGCAGCUCAACAAGACACAUAAUCAACCUGAACAAGACACCGUCAGUCCUGAGGAAUCGAUCGUGAACCUGCAGACUGAGCUGCGUGAAGUCCAGAUGGAGAAGAACGCAUUGUCUGACCUGAGACUGCAGGAUUCGAGGAAACACGUCGAUCAGAUGGAAAAGAUGCUGUGCAUGUUGGAAGAGCGUCAGAGCAUCAAAAGAUCUGGUGACCAGAAGCCGCAGGAGACGGAGGACGAGGCGUUGGCGCUUAACAGGAAAAUAGAAACGCUGGAACAGGCUGUAAAGGAGAUGUACAAUCCACUGUAUGAGAAACCUUGUGAGCACAACUCUGGCAUCAAUUCUGAAAGUGCAAAUAGCCCAAAGCAGCGAUCUCUAAGUGCUGAGGUAAACGAGGAUCUCAGCGAUGAGACAAACGAGCCGCUGGAGACACGGUGGUUGUCAGAAGAUCAGCUGGAGGUUGAAGAACACACUGGAUUAAAUACGCAAGAAAGAGUGGAGGCCCUGAUCACAAGCCUCGGCCAGGAGGUGGCAGUGUUGACUGAGAAGCUGAGCUCAUCCAGACACAGCGGCGUCAGCUUGAGCAUCAAGGUGGAGCUGCUGAGAAAACUUGCAGAGAGACAAACAUCGCUGCAGCGACGCCAGAUCAGUGAGCUGGAGUCAGCCCUCUCCCACCACAAACAGAAGGUUUGCUGUCUGGAGCAGCAGCUCACUGAGGCUCAGCUGUUUAACGUCCAGAGAGAGAAGGACCGACACCAGGAGCUUCAGAAACAGCUCGACCAGCUCCAGAGGUACUGUGAGCAGCAGCAGUGUGAGGUCCUGGAGGAGGUGAAGGUCCUGAGAGGACAGCUGGAGGUGGCCAGGGAGCAGCUUCACAAAGCUGGGGAGGAGAAGACCUGCCUGGAGGCCCAGGAGGGGAGGAAAUCCCAGGAACUCCUGUUCAGCCAAAGAGAAACUCAGCAGCAUCUUGCCAGGUUAGCAGAGGCUCAGAGCCGGUGUCGGACCCUGCAGGCCGAACAGGACACACUGAGGCUGAAGCUGGAUGACAGAGAGAAGAUGAUAGAUGCUCUGAGGCUGCAGAUGGAGAGCAGCAUCCAGAUGACAGUGCAGCACAGGCACACCGUGGACAGCGUUCAGCAGGAGAACAGCCUCCUCAGCAACCAGCUAAACCAGCACAAGCUGGAGAUUCAGCAGCUCAGGGCUGAGUUAGACCAGCACCAGUCCAAGCAGGCGGCUGUGGAGCACGAGAAGCGACGACUGCAGGCCUCUGAGGCUGAGCAGAGUCAGCGUGUCCGAGAACAGACUCUGGAGAAACGGCAGCUCACCAAUCAGAUGGAGCUGCAACGUAUGCAGUUACUCGGCCUUACUGAGGAGCACAAGGAGCUGCAACGGCUCCACCGCUGUAAGAACGAGGAGCACGAGGGUGUGGUCCUGCAGCUGAAGACUCAGCUCAGAGAGGCUCAUGAUGAGCUGGACCAGAUCAGGAGCAACCUGAGGACCCUGGCCGGAGCUGAUGGACAUGGUCUCCAGGUAGCCUUGGACAUGCAGAAGGAGGUCACUGCCCGGAGAGAGCAGGUCGACUCGAUGCAGGCCAGAAUCCAGCAUCUGGAGGAGAGCAUGGAGAAGCUGCACCGGGAGAAGCAUCACCAGAACCUGGAGAGUCAGCGUCAGCUCCAGGAGCUGACCCUCGUCAAGGAGGAGAAGAAACAACUUGCUAAUGAGCUGGAGGCCCUUCGCUCCAAAGAUCAACACCUCAGGGGCCAAAUUGGUGAGCUGGAGGCGAUCCUCCACAAGAUGUCGGAGAGCUUUGCAAACUGUCAGGAUUUCAUCCAGCUGCAGGAGCAGGAAUUUUUCCGUCUGAAACUCCAACAUGCUCUGGAUUUGAAGGAGCUCCAAGGUCAAAAUUUGCACACAGCUCUGAAUGUAUCUCCUGAUCUGAACUCGCCAACCCCAUCAGCACACACCGCUCCAGCCUCCUCCCAGCACGCCUCCAACACCCAGAUCAAGCCAAAGGAUCGGCAGGAGAGCCCCGCCUGCGAGCUCAGAUCUCUCGUCAAAGGCCUGAGAGGAGCGAUUUCAGAGAACCACAGACCACACACCGAUACCAGCGCUGCUGGCGGCAGCUUCCACAGGAGGAGGUCUGCACCGGAGAGAGUGCACAGAGCCACAUUCGGGUCUGACGGUGUGGAAGAUGUAAAAGCUGAGUCCCGAUUAAGAAGAAAGACCUGCAGCAGCGAGCCACGUUUCCUGAAGACAGCUGAGCCGAACGGGAAGACAGUCAACAACUGCUUCAGCGAAAGUCACGUCGUAUCGAAUCCAGCAGCAGCAACAAGGUACACGUCCUCCCUGCAGCUGCUCGCACUGGGCCGCAGGUCGCCCGUCUACUCUCUGCUGACCUCUGACCCGACCAGCUAACAGGGAUGUGACCCGACACAGCGGUCCCGAGGCUGGUUCCUCGUAUCGAAAGCUCGCUUGUCGACGGGUCACUGGAAGAACUUUGGUGAUAAAAGACGGUUUUAGAAAAAUGCACAGUCAGGUGUGUUUUCAGAAUUUAUUGUUUAAAUUAAAAAGAAACUAUUAAAAAAA